AUGGUCUACCGGACCUUAAAGUUCAAUCUUCUCAAUCGUAGUUUUAAGUGUCGGAAACUCACCAUUAUGGCAACCGUUCAGGCAGGAAAGGCCGAAAAGGCUUCAAAAACGAAGCUACAGUUUGCUUUGAAAACCCCAAAGGGAACCAAGGAUUGGGCUGAUAAAGAUAUGAUCAUCAGAGAGAAAAUCUUCUCAAAUUUGUCGUCAGUCUUCAAGCGUCAUGGUGCUACCACGCUGGACACUCCAGUUUUUGAACUUCGAGACAUUUUGGCUGGAAAAUAUGGUGAAGACUCUAAACUCAUCUACAACUUGGAGGACCAAGGUGGUGAACUUUGUUCGUUGCGUUACGAUUUGACCGUUCCAUUUGCACGGUUCGUGGCCAUGAACAACAUUCAAAGCAUCAAAAGAUACCAUAUUGCCAAGGUUUACAGAAGAGACCAGCCAGCCAUGACAAAAGGUCGUAUGAGAGAGUUUUACCAAUGCGAUAUCGACAUUGCUGGUAACUAUGAGAGCAUGAUCCCCGAUGCAGAGUGUUUUUCCAUCAUUGUGGAGGGUUUUACAAGCUUGGGUAUCAAGGACUAUAAGAUCAAGCUCAACCACAGAAAAAUAUUGGACGGUAUUUUCCAGAUCGCCGGUGUCAAAGACGAAGACGUGAGAAAGAUCUCUUCGGCUGUCGACAAACUCGACAAGGCACCAUGGGAAGCUGUCAAAAAGGAAAUGGUGGUUGAAAAGGGCCAAACAGAAGCUACUGCCGACAGAAUUGGCGAAUAUGUCAAGCUCAACGGCUCCAUCCAAGAGGUUCAUGCCAUUUUGUCUCAGGAUUCCAACAUCACAUCCAAUGAGAGGGCCAAAGAGGGUUUGGAUGAACUUGCCACUUUCAUCAAAUACGUGGAAGCCCUAGAAAUCGACUCGUACAUUUCGUUUGAUCUUUCCCUCGCUAGAGGUCUAGACUACUACACUGGUAUUAUCUUUGAAGUUGUCACCGAAGCUUCGGCUCCUCCUCAAGACGCUGAAGAGCUAAAGAAAAAAUCCAAGAGUACCGAGGAUGCCUCUGAGUACGUUGGUGUUGGCUCUAUCGCUGCCGGUGGCCGUUAUGACAAUCUGGUCAACAUGUUUGCCGAGGCGACGGGUAAAAAGUCGUCACAAAUUCCCUGCGUUGGGUUUUCCUUCGGUAUAGAGAGAAUUUUUUCCCUCAUCAAGCAGAGAGUCGAAAAGGCUGCUGCAAUCAGACCAACUGCCACUAAGGUGUACGUAAUGGCAUUUGGCGGUGGUAAAGAUUGGACCGGGUAUCUGCCUGAGAGAAUGAAAGUCGCCAAGCAACUGUGGAAUGCGGGAAUUGAGACUGAAUACGUGUACAAAUCCAAAGCCAAUCCUAGAAAGCAAUUUGAUGCUGCCGACAAAUGUGGCUGUCCACUAGCUGUCAUUCUCGGAAAGGAGGAGUAUUUGGAGAACAAGUUGAGAGUAAAGAAAUUAGGACCAGAAUUCGCUGAUGAUGAUGGGGACUUGAUUGAUGCUGAAGAUCUGAUCCCAGUCGUAAAGCAAAAACUGGCUGAAAUUUACGAGGAUGGUGCUGAUGAGGUCACAAAACUUUUUCAAGGCUUGUGA